GUUAUGGGACGAUAUGUAACAAAAAUUAACAUCGAAAUGAAAUAAUUUGGUUUCGAUAUCACAACUUGCCAGUUAUCCGGAGAUUUUCAUUGGAUUUUUCACACAAGUCAGAACACCAUGUCUGAGAGAAAAGCCGUCAUCAAGAACGCUGACAUGAGCGAGGACAUGCAGCAGGACGCUUGUGAAUGCGCCACUCAAGCUAUGGAGAAGUUCAACAUUGAGAAGGACAUUGCUGCAUUCAUUAAAAAAGAGUUCGACAAGAAGUACAACCCCACAUGGCAUUGUAUUGUCGGCCGCAACUUCGGCAGCUACGUCACCCACGAGACCAAGCACUUCGUCUACUUCUAUCUGGGACAGGUGGCCGUUCUCCUCUUCAAAUCAGGAUGAACAAUGGACCACGAGGAUGAAUAACGGGGACAAUAGAUAAAGUUACGGUUUCAUUGUCAAGUGCUCAAGUCUAUAUCUCUCAUCACGGAUACAAUACAUAAACAUUUCACACAAAUAAAUACCUUUGUUGAAAUUCUUGGGAAUAUUGAAAUACAAAAUAUUAUUGUGUCUGUAUAAUUUACAAUGCAAAAUCUUACAGACCAUAUCACAUCCAAAGAAUAUCAUUUUGUGCCUUUCAAAUGACAUUUUGCGCCUUUGUCAUUUCUUCCUAUGUGAUUCCUUGAUACGUCUUUGAUCUCAGAUGCUUAUGAAUGUUCGCUGAUGAUUAUUUUAUGUGUCGGUUUGUUGUAGAGUAUUGAUGUGUAUCUUUCUAAAGUAAACAAGCCUUUUGUUUACAAUCACGUCAAAUAUCAUGUAGCUGACACCAAGAUGUCAGCCCGUUUCAUAACCUAACCUGAUAUGACGAAAGAAAAACUGAAACAUGCUGUUUGUCUUUUAUAUCGGAAUCUCUGUUUUACCUAUUGUUAAGUUUGGAGGAAAAUAAAUGAUUUAAAUCUAUAAC